CACCGUUUGAAAUGAACGACUCGAACGCCCGGAUUCGACUGCGCGUCUCUAACCAAAAAGCGUACGUCUGGGACGUCGACGACAUCGCGACCCUACGCUCGAAGCAUCACAUCUGCGGCGUCCUAACGGGAACCUUGCCGCAUCUCUCCCAGCAGAAUGUAUUCCUCGGCGUGCCCCUCUUACUCCUCCCCGAAGAGGUGGUACUGCUAAUCGAGAAAGAGCUAGCAGUUCUCGUCGACGACCCCUCGGCGCACCACGCACCUUCCCCAUCCGAGAUAGCCAAAUGGAACGCCGAACGGCAACGAUCCGUCCAAGAGCAGGCCGCCCUGGCGGGCGCGAAAGAGGCCAAGGAAGCGGGGCGCGGGAUGACUGAGGCCGCGAUCCAGAAACGCAAAGAGCGCGAGGAGAAACGCGCGCGAGCGAAAGCCCAAGCGGAAUCAUCUCUCCUCCCACAGGACACCCCCAUUGAACUAACCCCAACCCUUCCCCCGCCGCGGCCAUCCACCCCGUCCACCUCCACCCCUUCCCCCUCCUUCACAUACACCCUCCCCAUCCCCGCCUCCUCGUCCGGCUACGCCUGGUACGACCCCGGGCAUGACACCUACACCACGAUCGCAGCCGCCCAGAGCGCGGGCGUGUGGGCGUACCCCGCGACGCUGUACGAGCGCGCGCGCUGCGCGGUCUUCCGCGACCUCUGGGAGCGGGGCUACUUCUUGGGUGUCGGGAUCAAGUUCGGCGGGGACUUCCUGGUGUACCCCGGCGAUCCGCUGCGCUACCACUCGCACUUCGUCGCGACCGUGAUCGAGUCGCCGGUCGCCGCCCUCCGGCCGAUGGAGAUCGUCGCGCACGGGCGCCUCGGGACGGCCACGAAGAAGGCGCACCUGCUCUGCGGGUGGGACGACGAGAAGAAGGAGGUCUCGCAUCUGUCCAUCGAGUGGGCUGGGUUCGGUUAGGCCGAGUACGGACCGGCACAAUAAUGAGGGAUCUGUGUAGUUGUAGUAUGUAUGUGCAUGCGUGUCGAACUACUAGUGAAGUAGAAAUAGUAACGCAAGAUCUACUCAACCUUCCUCCUCACCCCCCGCACCCCAAUCCUCC